CAUUAACCAGCCUGUGUGUGGUUUUUUAUUUUUUAAUUUUUUUACCCCUUCCCUUGUACCCGUCGGAGCCAUCGGACCCGCGAACCUGAAUAUUAUUCUGAGGCUCACGCCACCCUUUCCGAACAAUUUAUUCCGUUAUCUGGUCGUGGUGUGAUCGGUCCAACUAUAUCUCUUCUAUUUCUACUCCCUUAUAUUCCCUGUCUUCCAUCAUCACCUAAGACGAUUGGCGUCAAUUACCGGAGCUUUCCGUUCCAACAGCCAUGCCAGGAAGGGUUUUGCCAACGUUCACCUCCGCCGAGGUCGAGUCUCAUAACAAUGCCAAAUCCUGCUAUGUGACCGUGGGAUCUAAAGUCUAUGAUCUCACAUCUUUUGUCGAUGAUCAUCCUGGCGGUGGUGAUUUAGUCCUUGACUAUGCUGGAAAGGAUGUCAAGGAAAUCCUACGCGAUGCCGUAUCCCACGAACAUUCGGAAGCAGCUUACGAAAUUUUGGAGGAAAGUCUGAUCGGCUUUAUUGCCUCCGACUCGACUGGCAAACAAGGGACCAAAGUGAAUGGGGUAGGGGGAACGAAUGAGCCUGUAUACGCCUCAACUGGAAUGUCCCGCGAAGAGGAUCUAUCUGUUGAGACGGACUACAGUCAAGAUUACAAGACGCACAAGUUCUUGGAUCUCAACAAACCUCUUCUUAUGCAGCUCUGGAACAGCGGCUUCAGCAAAGAGUUCUACUUGGACCAGAUCCACCGCCCACGCCAUUACAAGGGAGGUGAAUCUGCUCCUCUUUUUGGGAACUUCCUGGAGCCCCUCAGCAAGACCGCAUGGUACGUGGUCCCAAUAAUAUGGCUGCCGCCUGUUACCUAUGGAACCUUCGUCGGGUUUGCUGGUCUGGGAAAUGUGCCUGCCGCAGCUACCUAUUGGGCCGGCGGUCUUUUCCUGUGGACCUUGAUCGAGUACCUCAUGCAUAGGUUCUUAUUCCAUAUCGACCGAUAUCUUCCCGAUAACCGCGUUGGUUUAACCCUCCAUUUCCUAUUACACGGCAUCCAUCACUAUCUACCUAUGGAUAAAUAUCGACUUGUAAUGCCACCAGCUCUAUUCAUUAUCCUAGCUACACCAUUUUGGAGGUUGGCGCAUGCUGUCUUUUUCUAUAACUGGUACGCUGCUGUGACGGUAUUUUGCGGCGGCGUAUUCGGUUAUAUUUGCUAUGACUUAACCCAUUAUUUCCUCCACCAUCGCAAACUGCCACAGUUCUAUCAGGACCUCAAGAAGUAUCAUCUUCAACAUCAUUUUGCUGACUUCGACAAUGGCUUCGGUGUCACCAGCCGUUUCUGGGACCGUAUCUUCGGUACAGAGCUCGUGACACCGGCGCCUAAAGACGUGAAGAGACAGUGAAAACACAAUCAUAUAAAGAUUCGCCUUCUCCUCACUCAUUAUCUGAGUAUGAAAUAAUGCCAAGGCUGCUUGUGGAACAGUCUUCUAUUCGUUUCUGCUUUUUUUUCUCUUUUUUAUCUGGAGUCCUGGGAUGUUGUUCUUGUUUAAUUA